GCAUGAGUUACGCCAACCGGGUGCAAUGACAACAGAGAGUUUCCGGAAAGAUGUGGCGAAAAAAUUGUCAGACCUUCAGUCAAGCUCAGAUGAGGAUGCGAAAAUUGACUUCCCGAGUGACCUGACAUCGUCAGACAGGAAGUACAUCCAUAAAAUUGCCGAAUCUUUUCGCUUGCACACUUUGUCCAGUGGCACUGGAGAUGCUCGGUUCAUCUCGGUGUACAAAAAUCCACCAGCAGGGCAAGAGCCCAAAAGACCGAGAGAGGCAGCAGGAGCCACACCACAACUGAGUCUUUCGGCAGCUGCUUCACAGAAUCUGCAAAUCGCCUCCCACGCGCAGAUGUCUGGUGGCCGGACACUCCUCGCCAAGGACAUCCGUCUGACGUGUAAGACCUAUGGGUCGAUCACGGAUGAUGCCCAAGACGGCCAAAGUUACUGCCGCUCCCAAUGAGGGUGAUGUGGUGGAAGCUUUCUGGCCAGAUGAUGUCGGCAGCCGAACCAGUAUGGAUGGACGCUCCCCACACGUACGACACGAAAUUCGCUUCAUGGCUCGUUUCACAAUAAUUUGUGGCAACAACCCUUCGCAGACUUUGUGCGGGUCCGUGAAAAAGAAUGGCCCUUUCGUGCGAG